CUUGUUAAUUAGCAAUCCCUGUCCUGCCAGACAUGUUGUCCAAUCAGCGGUGAUGAAGCCAGGAAGUCCUGAGUGUUUCAUGGACGUGGAAGUAAUCGCGUGAGCCCUUUCACGGCGACCGUGCUUGAGUUUAGUCAUUGUCACAUUUGUAGUUAUGCGCAUUUCUACUGUUUUCAUUCAGCUACGUGAUCACAUAAACUCUAAUAAACGACUGCUUGGCUCUGUUGAAGACGCGAGGACCGUCUAACGCGAGACAGACUCUCUUGUGUACAUGGCACAAAGUGUGGUCACACCAUGAGUGGGGAGCCAGAUGCCUUGGCUGUGGUCAACCAGCUAAGGGACUUAGCUGCAGACCCCCUGAACAGGCGAGCUAUUGUAGAAGAUCAGGGAUGCUUACCAGGUCUAAUCCUCUUCCUUGACCACCACAACCCGCAAGUUGUUUACUCUGCUUUAUUGGCGGUACGUUACCUGGCAGAAUGCCGCGCCAACAGGGAGAAGCUGAAGGGCGUGUUGGGUAUGAUGCUGAGCUUGCAGACCGUCAUGCAGAAGGGCACGUCGCCAGGGGAGACCAAGCUGCUGGCGUCUGAGAUCUAUGAGAUCCUUCAGAGUUCGGGUAGCAGCGAGGGCGAGCAGGCCCAGGCAGGUUCCACGUGCCGCCGCAAGGCCCAGUUCUUCCUGGGCUCCAGCAACAAGCGAGCCAAGACUGUAGUGCUGCAGAUUGAUGGCCUGGAUGACACGAGCCGGAGGAGUCUCUGUGAGGAGGCGUUACUGAAAAUCCGUGGCGUCAUCAGCUUUACCUUCCAGAUGGCUGUGAAGAGGUGCGUGGUAAGGAUCCGCUCCGACCUGAAGGCUGAGGCCCUGGGAACAGCCAUAGCAUCAACCAAAGUGAUGAAAGCUCAACAGGUGGUUAAGAGCGAAGAUGGUUCUGAGAUGAUAGUCCCAUUCCAGGAGGAUUCGGACAUGGUGGUGGAGCAGAACACGGACUUGCCGGACUACUUGCCCGAGGACGAGAGCCCAUCUCAUGAGCAGCACAAGGCUGUGUCACGCCUUGGCUCCAUGCAGGACGGCAUUGGCUGGCUGAGCACGGCCGCCAACUUCCUCUCCCGUUCCUUCUACUGGUGACCUGCGGGUGUACGCUGAACCUUACCCCACCCCAACCCUACACCAGUUCAGCCCAGUGUGCUGGGCCUCCUUGUGUAACUCGCAAUAACCAUCACCAAUCUGCAAAAUGGCAAGAACACUACUGCAGGCUGCUGUUUACAGUAACCGCAAAGUAAAGUCCUCCUAAACCUCACAAACAUGACAAGAGACGUCAACCCACAGAGCAGCAAAGAUGGACAUCAGACGAUGUGUCUCCUCUUGAGCUGCGCUUAUGCUCACCCACCCUUUUGGUUCAGAAGCUUUUUUUUUUUUUCCCCUUGAGCAGUUUGCUCGGGUUUCUCCUCGUGGGUCCAUGUCUGACACUAGACAGCUUUGAGUGGUCAGUAUUGUAUGGUGGUACUCUUGUUGGCCGUGAGGCUUGAGAGCAUUUUCUUUUUUUCAUGGACUUACCCUUUAUUUCAGCUUUAGUGUGAUUUUUAGAAUCUUUACUCUCUUCUUGCCAUUUAUUUAAUAAUCCAUUUUAAUUUCAUUUUAAUCUGUUGGGACUUUAUAAAGCAUGCUGUAACCAUUUAAUGUCUUUUUCCCUAUCCUCUUUGAGUCAUUAUUCUUUAGUGCAUGUGCCUUUACAAUGCAAUUUGAGAUUUAUUUCUUGUUUUGAACUUUACAUUCAUAUACCAAGGUUUAAAAUCCCUUGGCAACAGUUAUUUGCCCGAGUCUUUGUUAAAGCAGAGAGCUGAUUAAGGGAAAUUGGAGAACCACCAGCAUUGACUGCUGUAGUGUAUCAUAAAGCAAGCCUGUGUAACCUAAUAACCACUCUAUGAGCAAGCCUGUGUAAUCCUAAUGACUUCCCUUUAUGCAUGCGGGAAAAGGGAGUUCACCACAUGCUUUUUGCUUUGUUUGAAACACUAACCAGCUCUAUUAAGGUGUGUGCCAAGCACAGUAGUAACCUCUCUAAAGCCUAAUGUGUAUAAAAAAUACAAACCUAGUACCAAUCACAAAAGAAUUUGGAUUUGAAAGAUUUUGAUAGGGAACUCUCCUUUAUGGCUUUGAUUUUUUUGAUUUUUUAUUUUCUUUGUUUUCCUUUGCUAUUGCGUACACAUGUUUUCCUACCUGGGAUAACAGUUCUGGUCUUUGACAACUGGUAUAGCUCUGAUUAUUUCAUAAGAUGGGCUUCAUUCAGGGCCUUUCAUAAACAUGCAAAUCUUGAAUUCAAAUGCCACCAUCUUGCCAUAUGCAUGGAUAGUGCCCGCUAUGUCUACAUGGUAGCCACACCUUGAAAGCAUCUAUAUUGAUGCCUCUAGCCCACAGUGUUUUCUUUAAACAUCCUGUGAAUUCACCACAUGUCUACACCAUAUACUCCAAUUAGCAUGAGAAUGUGCACUCUAUAGUCAUUGUCUUCAUUGGUGUUGUAUCACUGCCUGGGUGAGUUCUGGUAUUUGGCCAAACGAAAAACCCCAUCUUAUAAUUUUAGUCAGAGCCUGGCUUUUCGGCAGCAUAGCCCCAUAGCAAUUGGAAAGGUCUUACCAGUGUUCCCUAUUUAAGUGAUUUUACAUUGAAAUUAUUACUUAAUUGCCUGUAAAGGAAUGGUCUGGCAAAAAAAAAAAAAAAAAAUUAUUUACACAAUUUUCUUCUUGGCCCAAAUUAGUCCACCAGCGAAGACUGCUUUUGGUAUCUGACGAUUGCUUUAGUUUUGAACUGGAUCUAUAAAUAUAAUGUAGCUAACAAGUAAAGAAAGUAUGUCAGCAGAAAUCUUCCCUGUAAAUGAAUACCCAUAUUGCCAUAUGCUUGCCUACAUCAUUUAGCUAAGUACUUUCACAUUUAAAAUCUUUGUAAAAUUAAGACUUGCUUAUGGCAGGACGGUUUGUAAUUACUUCUGAUCUUGCAUCAUGAAUUGAUAAAUCUCCCACAAUGAAGUGUUAUUUUCUGGGAAAUAGCUGAAUGCGAAAGUCUUUGAGGUGUACAACACAGAUUUUCUAGUGCUGCUGAAUUGUACAAAUAUGGCUUUUGGCAAUGAACCAUGGAUUUGCGAGAGUGCCUUUCAACAGGCUGUCCAGAAUCUCCAGUGUGCAGUGAUCACUUUUCACGUCCCUCUUACAAAAAUGAUUUUCAGCAUGAUGAGACACUAAUCUGGUGUACCAUCUUCAUUUUUAUGAUGUAUUGUGAAUUCGGUCAGCUAUACCCCUUUCCAAACCACAUUGGCAUGUGAUAUGAGUUAUGACCUGGGCAGAGGUUUUUGUGAUUUUAUUGUGUCUAAUUAUGGAAAACAUUCAAUGGAUACACUGACCUUGUAGUUACUGUGCAGAAGGAAGAAAGCAAAUGUUGGCUACCAAGCGUGUUGGAUUAUCAGAUAGAUUUGAACUCAGGGUGGAAAGUUGUGUAAAUUAGUAUUUUUUGCUGAAGAAUUCCAACAAAACAAAAUAAUUGUUAAUUACAAUAUGGUCAUUGAAUUUUUAUUUGUUUAAAAGUAAUUAUGUGAGUGAAAUUAGUGUAUGUUGAUCACUAUUCUUUGAGUGUCAUACUUUUAAACAAAGUGAAUGAGGUCAGCAACAGUAUUAUAUUUAACUGCAACAUUUUCUUACGCACAAGUUAUGCGCUGACCAUUUUUGUUACACCUCUGGUAGUGUUGUGCUUGAUUUGGUUUAGACCAUUGUUUAGAUUCAUCCCAGUGAAAUGUUUUGCUCUGAGAUUGGCAAAUACCAUGACAUCAAGAAGGCUGUUGGAGAGUAGCAGUUUUAGCUGUUGUAGCUUAUUAUGUACAGUGUAUAUUUGCUAUUUCAGAUUGCAGGGAGUUGUUGCCUGUUCAUAGUAAGGACUGUUAUUAAAUAGAUUAAAGAAA